AACAUUUAUGUCCGUUUUGUCAUGAUAGAAGGAGCCUAUUAUAUUCAAGAGUUACGAAACACUACUGGGUCAGGGUUCGAACUUCUCUUCGAUUCUACGAAGGCGGCAUAUACGCAAUUCAUUGAUAUUGGGGAUGAUCAUAUUGGAGUUCGGAGAAUGCUCUUUGUUUCAUCUUCUGAUAAGCCUGAUUUUGAAUUUGCCUCAAAUCUUUGGUGGACUCGAAUUUCUAUUCUGGCCUCGACCCUCGAAGUAAAGACCGACGUGAGUUCUUAACAGCAUAGCUCUUGUUAUUCGCUAAUUAUAUAACUAGGGCUUGAAAGUUCGACAGCUAGCGUAUAAUACGAAAUCGAGUCUCAACAUGGGGGGAUCUCAUCGCUGUUCCAUCAGAGGUAGUACGGCUGAGCUAGUUAGCUUGACUAGCUGCCAACCUCAAUCAAACUACCCGUCUAGCCUUCGGAUGCAGUCUUUCACUUGCAACUCUUUACACACAAUUGGAUACUCGGCUUGCUAUACUCCAGAUGGUACCGUGGCAGUAUAUACUCAUUUCCAGGACACGGACAUGAAGUUUUAUCAAGAUUUCGAUGACCGCUCUAGCAUAUUUACACCAGUCUGGAUCUACAUGCCAAUUGACACAGGCGAAUAUAUCACCGAAAUAUCUCGAAUGAAUGGAAUUGAAGGCCCAUAUACACAUCAUAUCGGACUUGUCGUAAGCAAUCUUUAUGAUGCAUCUCUUACAUACCACUAAUUAGAAAUACAGCUUUCUACAAAUCUUAGGACAGCUAUGCUUGCCGCUCAUAUUCCACCACCGUAUCUCCAGCACUUCAGAAUUCGACGUAUAUAUACCCCACCAAAAUCUACUUCUCAAAUAUUCUUUAAUCACUGGGCUUCUUUGGACUACUCCCAAAUAUUGUUAAUGGGGGUUGACCAAGCUCAGCCAGACCGGCCGAUACUAGAUUAUCCUCAAGCACUGACUCCUCUAUCCAAUCCUCCCAGUUCAAUAUUCUGGUACUACUCGACUUGUUCUUUGGUUAACGUCAUCGAAAUCACACCAUGUUAUAAUAGGCGUAAGCAGUAUCUUCCUAUUAUUGGACUCCUACUUCGCUAUCGCAAUGGCCAUCAGAGCUGUAUUGGACAAUAUCGUUUAGAUUGGACUUCGCAGCCUAUGAAAGUCAUCGGGAACCAGAUGCAAGUGGCGUUUGACAAUGGAGAGAAUUAUGGGGAGAUUUUGGCCUUGAACAUUACUGUUUUAAAAACAAUUGAUACAAGCCAUCUAUUUUGGACGAAUAUACCUUGGUCAGGGACGCUUGAUUGGUGGUUCACAGAUGAGCAUUGUAGGCUGAGUCACGUUAAUUCGCUGUGAGGGGCUAUAUCGGACGAGGUUAUACAUUCCUUUCGUAUCCCUGUGUCUUUAUAGAUAAAUCUGGCAGUGGCAAAAGGAUUGGAUUUAGACGGACAGAAUAGACUGGCAGAAAGAUUGAUCACCCAGA